GGAUCCGGCGAGGCGCCGCCGGCGCGGGCUGAGGGUUGAGGUCCAGCCUGAGGCCUGCCUGACCGCCCUGCUCAAGGCCAGGGCGUUGUCAUGGGCCCGGGGCCUCCGGCUGCCGGUGCGGGGGCGCCCCCGCAGCCACUGCCCCUGGCCGCGCGGCUGAGCUACGCGGUCGGCCACUUCCUCAACGACCUGUGCGCGUCCAUGUGGUUCACCUACCUGCUCAUCUACCUGCACUCGGUGCGCGCCUACAGCUCGCGCGGCGCCGGCCUGCUGCUGCUGCUCGGCCAGGUGGCCGACGGGCUGUGCACGCCGCUGGUAGGCUACGAGGCCGACCGUGCCGCCGGCCGCUGCGUCCGCUGCGGCCCGCGUAAGACUUGGCACCUGGUGGGCACCGUCUGCGUCCUGCUCUCCUUCCCCUUCAUCUUCAGUCCCUGCCUGGGCUGCGGGGCUGCCACGCCCGAGUGGGCUGCCCUCCUCUACUACGGGCCCUUCAUUGUCAUCUUCCAGUUUGGCUGGGCCGCCACACAGAUCGCCCACCUCAGCCUCAUCCCUGAGCUUGUCACCAACGACCAGGAGAAGGUGGAGCUCACGGCCCUCAGGUACGCCUUCACCGUGGUGGCCAACAUCACUGUGUAUGGCGCCACCUGGCUCCUGCUGCACCUGCAGGGCUCUUCGCACGCAGGGCGCCCUGAGGACGCCAGGGACCAGCUGGGGGUCCAAGAUGUGCCUGUGUUCCGGAACCUCUCGCUGCUGGUGGUGGGCGUGGGAGCCGUCUUCUCCCUGCUGUUUCACCUGGGCACCCGGGAGGGCCGCCGGCCACAGGCGCAGGAGCCCGAUGAACACAGCCCCCUGCUGGCGCCUGCUACUGCCAGGCCCUUGCUGCUCUGGAACCACUGGCUCCGGGAACCGGCCUUCUAUCAGGUGGGCUUGCUCUACAUGAGCACCAGGCUCAUCGUGAACCUGUCGCAGGUGUACAUGACCAUGUACCUCACCUACUCCCUCAGGCUGCCCAAGAAAUUCAUCGCCACCAUCCCACUAGUGAUGUACCUCAGCGGAUUCUGCUCCUCCUUCCUCAUGAAGCCGGUCAACAAGUGUAUCGGGAGGAACAUGACCUACUUUGCGGGCCUCCUGGUGAUCCUGGCCUUCGCGGCCUGGGUGGCGCUGGCAGAUGAGCUGGGCGUGGCUGUGUAUGUGGCAGCCGUACUCCUGGGCGCCGGCUGCACCACCAUCCUCGUCACUUCGCUGGCCAUGACGGCCGACCUCAUUGGCCCCCACACGCACAGCGGAGCCUUCGUGUACGGCGCCAUGAGCUUCUCGGACAAGGUGGCCAACGGGCUGGCAGCCAUGGCCAUCCAGAGCCUGUACCCCUGCACCUCGGAGCUCUGCUGCAGGGCCUGCGUGGGCUUCUACCACUGGGUCAUGGUGGCUGUGACCGGUGGUGUGGGCGUGGCCGCCACCCUGGCUCUGUGCAGUCUGCUCAUCUGGCCCAUCCGCCUUCGGAGCUGGGAUCCUGGAGCGCAACCCUGACUCCCCUAGGCCCCUGCUGCCGGUGAACCGGAACCGCACACGUGGACACUCAGCAGAGGCUUCCAGGGCAUCCCAGCCCCGCUUCUCAGAUCCUCACCCCACCCCUGCCUGGAUGCAGGAUUGGUGGGGGCGGCAGGAGGAUGGGCAGGACCCAGUGGGGACACCUAGCCAGACCUUCUGGUGUCCAGGGCCCACGGAGCCUGGCAGGCUUGGGGUGGCCCCGCUCCCAGCUCCUCUGGAAUGACCCGGGCUGCACUGUGCCGUGUGGGAGCUGGACACGGAGGGCCCAGGCCCAGAGGCGCCAGCGCUCAGCCCCAGCGCACAGCCGGUCCCCUGCCCGGCUGAGGUCUCUACAGCACCACCAGAGCCGCCUAGGACCCGGGCUGGGGGCUGGCCCAGACCUCAGCUGUGGGGCUGCUGUUUGGGGGUCAUGUCCCCCUCCCGGGGCUGGGCUGCCACUGGCCAUAAAUGAAGUCACUGUGGACAAGGA